AUGGCCAAGACCACAACUACCGAUGGUGAAAAUGUGAAGGCAAAUAUUGAGAAGGGCAGAACUGCUGCCGCCUCUCCCUACGACGAACAUGGCAACAUGGAGCCUACGACCAACGACAAGGACGAGGGCAAACCCAACUCUUCUCAUGACGGAAAUGAAAGCACAGAGGCCGAAACACCGGCUGAUCAGCACGCAGAGAAAAACACACACGCCAGUGGCUCCGAACAGGCCAAUGUCCAUCCGUUUGCAAACAGCUACCAGGUCGAUAGCGCCAGGGCUGCCGAUGACCCGGACGUCGUGUACCUGCGCGACGACGAGAUCGAGACCUUUCUCGACGAGCUGGACCACAAUGGUGACGGCUGUAUCGAUUACUCGGAAGUGGAGCGCAAGCUGGAUGAGGUGUACGACGAGCUCGCCCCGACGGCCCAGCCGCACCAUCUUCACCACGACAGCAAGCAGGACCGCGACCGGCACGUGUUCCUGCGCUCCGUCAUCGGGUCCGACAAGGACCGCAUCCCACGCGCAGACUUUUCCCGCGUGGUCAAGAGCUGGCGGAUUCCGUCCAUGAAGCAGGAGGGAGACAAGAAGGAUGACCAGGACAAGUACCUCGGCGAGAUGUCCAUCUUCAGGCGUCUGCGGGCGUACUGGGCGGUCCACGGGCCCGAGAUUGCUUUCCUGGGCAUCGUCGUCGGCCUACAGCUCGGCUUGGGCAUCUGGCAGUGUCAUAAAUACGCCUCGGGAGCACAGUACCAGGCUGCUUUUGGCUGGGGCGUCGCGCUGGCCAAGCUGUGCGCCGGUGCUCUGUAUCCGACCUUCUUCUUUCUGAUCUUGAGCAUGUCCCGGUACUUUUCGACCUUUUUGCGCCGGAGCUACCACCUGAGCCGCUUCAUCAACUGGGACCUCUCCCAGGAGUUCCACAUCAAGAUCUCCAUCGUGGCGCUGGUCCUGGCCAGCCUGCACGCCCUGGGCCAUCUGAGCGGCACCUUCAACUGGGGCAGCCGGCCCGAGAGGCAGGACGCCGUCGGGGUUCUUUUGGGGGAGGACCAGGUGCCUCGCCCCUACCGCGCAUACGUGUCGUCGCUGCCUGGCAUCACCGGCCUCGUGGCGCUGGGGCUGUUCUACACGCUCGCGCUGCUGAGCAUGCCGCAGGUGCGACGGUGGAACUACGAAGUCUUUCAGCUCGCGCACCUGCUCAUGUUCCCCAUCAUCGGGCUCCUGGCGGCGCACGGAACGGCGCAGCUUCUCCAGUACGCAAUGUUUGGGUACUGGCUCGCCAUCCCGACGAUCCUCGUCCUGACGGAGCGGCUCGUGCGCGUCGGCACGGGGUUCCACCGCAUCCCGGCCGCGCUCAAGGUCCUCGACGACGAGACGGUCGAGGUCCGCGCCACGAUCCCGAGCGAGCGCAUCUGGAAGUACCAGGCCGGCCAGUGGGCGUACCUGCAGGUCCCGACCAUCAGCCUGUGGCAGUGGCACCCUUUUACCAUAUCCGUCUGCGUGGGCAAGGAGAUGCGCAUGCACAUCAAGACGGACGGCGACUGGACCGGCAAGCUGAGGGCCCUGGCCAAGGACGUCCCUCAGGGUCACGAGGUCGACAUCAAGAUUGGCAUCAACGGUCCGUUCGGCGCCCCCGCGCAGCGCUUUUACAGCUUCAACCACACCAUCUUGGUGGGUGCGGGCAUCGGCCUCACGCCGUUUUCUGGAAUCCUGGCAGACCUGCAGGCAAAGGAGGACAGGCUGCACGGCGGGCCUACGCAUAAACUACAAGAGCGGGCAGAAAAGGGGGAGGACGACGCGGGCGGCAGCACGUUGGCGGACGCUUCCAGUGGACGAAUCGGAACCAGCAAGGAAGCCGAGUCGAUGCCGCAGGGCACGGACGCAGACAUCGAAGCGCCCACCAACGGCGACCGGCCCAACACGAUGCUGCAAGGAAGCACAGACACGGACUCGUCUUCGUCGUCGUCGUCGUCGUCGUCGUCAUCCAUCUCGCGACCGUCAAGCUCCUUUUCGUCCUUUGCCAGCGACUACCGCCGCGUCGACUUCCACUGGAUGGUGCGGGACCGCAACCACCUGCUCUGGAUCUCGGAGCUGCUCAACAAGGUGUCCCGGUCGCAGGCGUGGCACCACCGGCACGACGCGCCGGGCGAGUACCACCUCGACAUCCGGAUGCAGACACACGUGACGCAGAAGCGCAAGUCCAUCAGCACGCACGUCUACCGGUGGCUGCUCGAGCAGCACCGCACCCCGGAGCACCCGGCCAGCCCCAUCACCGGGCUGAUCAACCCGACGCAGUUUGGCCGGCCGGAUUUCGUGCGAAUUCUGGACAGGCACUACGACGACAUGAGGAAGUACAAAGCGGGCCUGGUCGCCAGGGCUUCGGGGAGGCGUGAUGGCGGGUAUGGGGACGACGAUGAUGCUGCGAGCGUGGCUGACGACAAGAUCAAGGUCGGUGUGUUUUUCUGCGGCACGCCGGUUGUCGGCGAGAUCCUUGCCGAUCGCUGCAGGGCGUUGACUGCGAGGGGUAGGCACGAUGGCAGCAAGAUUGAGUAUCACUUUAUGAUUGAGGUUUUUAACUAG